GCGGAGGGUGUUCCUUCUCCAGGUUACGGCAGUGGUCUAGUGCAGGGAACGUCGAUUUAUGCGAAUAAUAAUUAUGCUGUUUGUUGCUGGUUAACCUGAAUGUUGCCUGUGUUCUCUGGGGCUGGCUUAUGCAGGGAACAUGAAUAGUUGUUAGCGGUUUUCGCUAGUGUUUCAUCGUUGUUUGGUUUUCUCAUUGCGUUUUGUUUAUGCCCGUCGUUUGUCUUGCCGGUCAUGCCGCACAAGAGGAAUUCCAGCUCCCUCGACAGUGCCGCGGAGGCGAACAUGCGGCAGAGGACCUGCCACAGCAGAUGACGUCACUCCGUCCUUGGACACCCGCUGCGCAUGCUUGCCAAACUGCUGUCAGAGUACUGCCCGCAGCUCCUGGCUGACUGUCCUUCUGGUAACAUAUUCGACUUUCCAGUAGAUUGAAAAGGUCUGAGUGUGGUGAUAGAAAGGUGUUAUCGCUGAGAACCCCCUAGACGUGCAGUCUUGCUUUCCUACUGCGAGGGAACCUGAAGCUUGUUAAAGGGACUGUCGCAUCCGGAACCGUGGUUACGAAUCCAAUACCAAUGUGUUCGGUACACUACCACCGAGCUAUUUGCCAAAUUUUCUCCUUCCAAAACGGACCAGGUGAUGAGGAAUCGAAUUUAAAAGAUCCGGUUUCGUUUUGAUCCUCGAAAGCGCCAGCGCCAACAACAUCGCGUGACGCAAGGUCGAAUCUGGCUAAUCCGCUGUGAAGGACGCUGUCGUCUGCCGCCAAGUCUGGGGCUGCUUUGUUUUUUUCCGGCACGUCGCCCGUAUUCACAUGUGACACUUUCUAGUGACUCGGAUACUAUCGCUACGCUUGCAUCCUUCGCGUGGGAUGUCGUUUGGAAACCGACGCAGCGUUCCCGACUCCAGGAAAACUUCCUUCGAAAACCUCGAUGUUUGAUUUCGCACGCCAAGGAUACAGCUACAGCCAGACCACAGACGAAGCGAAAGUUGGAAGCAGCUACAUCACUAGCGGGUAUCCAGAUGAAGCAAGGAGUGUUCAUGCUGUCCGUGUAUGCUCCUUGCAUUUCACCGAUAAUGUGUACCUGGAUGAGAACAUCAUGGAAGUGCAACUUGGAUUGACACAAAAAAGGAACGAAUUGAAACUUGACGCCGUUCCGACAGUGUUCCACGAACAAAGCGAGCCAGCAACUUCGACACUGCAGGCAGUUCGACAGGGUCAAGCGCAAGUGAAGGACCAGGUGCUGCUGAUCAAGUCCCAUCCAUCCAUGAAACGGCAUCAAACAAUGUACGUGUGUGCACGGCAAUUUUGCUGAGAGACCUGGUUUUUACACUAAUGCCUUUACGACGCCUCUGACAAAUUAGGAUCUUCCAGAACAGUGCUUUCUUCAUCCAAGUUCAAGAAGUAAAGAGAAUGACUUCAUGGCUUCUACUGACAUCUCACAGCUACAUGCCAAGACAAAAUAACUUGAUAGCAGGAAAUGAAAAGAAAAAAAAAAGGUCCGUUUCAGGUCCACCCAAAUCUUUGUGCAGAGGCUGACAACAACAACGCUAUUGUGAGAUGAUGAAUGAUGCUGAUGCAGCGUUGAGAUUAAGCCCUUGUUUCCUUUUUUGCAAUGCUAUACAUUACUGCUGGUUAAAUGUAAAAUGAUGCACCUACCUCCAGACAUUAAAGGGGCUACCAGAGAUGUAGUGUCAAUUCAACAGAAAACCUGCAUGUUCUACGAGGCACUGUCACAUAAGCAUUGGCCAAAUUUGCUGUCCUGUGAGCUUUGAUAGGAUAUGCCGUAGAUAGUAAGAGGCCUCUUACUGUAAAAGGGAGGUGCAUUAAUCGAGUAGUGGGGUCUGAGGCAUGAGGGCCAUUUCAGGAUGUACUAACCCUUCUAAAAUUUUACACUUGGUUAUGCCCAGAGAUCGAUCCAGAUCCCCCCCAACACCCCGAGUUUUUUUCCUGUGUACCACUGUUAUAAUGAAACCGUCCAAUUUACUGUCCAAUCGUCCCGUUUUCAUUGCAAUUGAAGUACUUACAAAACUGUUUAUUUUAUUUUUUAUUUUUGUGAGUCCCCGCUUCAGAUCCCAAGGGACAUUGCCAGUGUGGUGCACGCUGAUAACUGUCUGUGCAUAGCAAAUAAUAAAUAUCUGUGCGUGAAGAGUUG